UAGUGUUCAGAGCCAUUUUGAACAACAUGAAUGACAAUAGUUCUACAACUGUUUUGUGGAGCACAUCGCAUAUUACUUCUGAGUGCUGAUGAUUCUUUGUACAGAAUAACGAGCUACAUUCUACCCGCUCAGAAAUUUUCAAUCCUAUCAGAAGAUUGGUUACAAAUUGCGCACGAAUGCAUUUCCUUUAGUACGAAUCGGUGAACGGCGUGAUACUGAAUUAAACACACUCGCGCCAAUAAAUCUACAUUCUUCGUUGCUAGCCUUGCCUCGAAUACAACGGGCGGCCUGUCAUCUUUGUUAAGAAGAAAAGAAGCCACUGCUGUCUAGCGCAGGACGAUCUUUGUUGUCUUCUCAUGAAUAUACUACAGUCAAGAACGAACGGUUUCUCUUUAGUUUUGUACCCAUCUGCCUCUCCAGAACAUGCUUACAUCUGAUUUCACUGCCUGUCGAGAGAAUGCCCCUGCCGGUAUAUACGCAAAUUAUAUUCCGUUAUUCGUUAAACUGGUUCUCACUUUGUCUACUGCGAUCUUUAAGAUGGUCAUCUUGAGUCAUAUUUCGUGAAUGAAAGAUAAAUGCCACUUUGGUACACCUUCCGCAGUUGUCUGAUACGUGAGCAACUGUUUCGAGCCAACGGAUUUAGUAGUAUAAGGUGUGUUAGAAACGUUCCUUAAAUAAAAAGGUAUUAUCUUUAAUUCUAAGUUACUCUCCGUUACAUAAGAUCUCCCAGGCAGUGAGGACUGCAACAUUAAAAUAAGGAGGCAACCAGUAUUUUGUGUGAAAGGUUAACAUAGCUUCUGCCCGUACAGUUCCCUUGCAGACAGUUUACAAGACAAAUGAAAUAGCUGUUUUAAAGCGAGGAUGCAAUUCUCGUCCGGCAACUGACCAGGUUUUGAUCUUUCGCCCCUCUUCGCAACCGCAGCCGCCUUCGCAUUGGCCGGCGCAGCAGCAUGGCAACAGAGCCUGACCGGAAUGGGCUCCCAGCUACAUGUCGCGCAUGCGCAAUGCGAUCGGAUGCGCGCGCAUCUGGGACUGGGAAUCGAUAGGAUAAAGCCGCAGCUGCGUUUGUUGUGCUUCCAGAAGAGACUGAGAAGAGCAAGAGGUACCAGUGGAGAGACUGUGUAGCCCUGCACUUGUGCUGUUUUCUUUUUCUUUUCCGUUUCAAAUAAUGAUAUUAAGCGAGUGGGUUGAAAGUGGUUGUUGCGAAUAUCGAGUACUUGAAGUAGAGAAGGCAAUCGUUUUAUAAAUUGUAAGGCUAACUGGACAGUAUUUUACUAGUUAGUGUGGACUUUUUUGUUCUCCGUUGUCGUGAGAUGUUAUAAAUUGCAUCUCGUCUGCGGGAAUAGUGAGGAAAGAGAGUAGUGUUUUACUGGCACCAGGUUCCAGUUUUCGAAUUCAGCCAGCAACAACACUGGCCACUAAAGACAGAGCGUGUAUUGGCAUGAGGCCAGACUUACAACAGUCAAUAAGGCAUACUUCUUCGGAUCACUUUUCAGAAGAGAAGAAUCAACUCAUUUAGUAGAAGGUCGUUGAACGCCGUAUUGAAGCGGCUGGAUUAUCCUACAGAUCGCUCGUGCAUCAUCUCUACGACGGAGACGAACGAGCCUGUGAAGCGGACGCUAGUGGUGCUGGCAGGCCUCGUUUCUUUGCUGUCGCACGUGGGAAAGUUGCUUGAGAGUGGUACCAGAAAAAAGGAAGAGAUGGCUCCGACGCGUAUGAGCCCACCGCAAACCAUGCCGUCGAAGGACGAACUGGCUGUGCUGGAGGCUUCGCAGAAGGAGGCCAAUAAUGGCACUAGAGGCACAAGCACACGUUCAGCAAAGGGAUUGGUUGUUGUUAUGGUUGGAAUGCCAGCAAGGUCCAAGUCAGCUACAGCACAUAAGCUAGAUCGCUACCUGCGAUGGACUGGUGAAAUGUCAAAAGUUUUUACAGUUAGCAAUUACCGACGUAAGCUGGUGGAGCGGUAUGACAACCACAAUCUGUUUCGAGCAGAUAAUAAAGAAGCAAUGGAGAUCCGGGCUAAGAGUGCCCAGCUUGCCAUGGAUGAUGCCACCGACUGGCUGAAAGGUGGUGGCAACAUCGUGAUCCUGGAUGGGACACACAUAGCUCAUUAUCAGCGGCAGAAAGUACAUGACCAUUUUGAGAAACGUAUGGGCUAUAGGUGCUUGUUUAUUGAAUGUGUUUGUGAUGACAAUGGCAUUCUUUCAAGGAAUGUCAAUGAAACAUUACAGAAUAGCCCAGAUUAUAAAGAUAUGAAUUCUGAAAAGGCUAUGGACGAUUUCAAUCAUAAAAUACAACACUAUAUUGAACAGUAUGAACCUAUGAGCUCAAAACAUGAGCCGCAAUACCGUUUCAUCAAGUACAUCAAUGAUGGAGAGUCAAUUGCUACCCACAAGGUCACAGGUCAUCUUGAGGCUAAAGUUCUGAUGUAUCUUUCAAAUUUCAGGCCAGCUCCAAAAACAUUUUACUUUUCAAGGCAUGGAGAAAGUGAGAAUAAUGUAUUAGGUCGCAUUGGUGGUGAUGCAGAUUUAUCACCACGAGGUCGAAUAUAUGCCAAAUCUUUGGCACAACAUAUCAAUGCUCUUCAUAUCCCCAACUUGAGGGUGUGGACCAGUGAACUGAAGCGCACAAAGCAAACAGUCCAGGGAAUUGGAGCUCCUGUGGAACACUUUUCAGAGCUGAAUGAAUUGGAUGCUGGUGUUUGUGAAGGUCUCAGUUAUGAAGAGAUGCAAGAGAAGUUCCCUCAGGAAUUUGCAUGGCGUGACCAAGAUAAACUUAGGUACCGCUAUCCCUGGGGUGAAUCGUAUAUCGAUAUAAUGAAUCGUUUGGAGACAAUCUUGCUAGAGCUAGAACACAGUGAGAACAUAUUAGUUGUCAGCCAUCAAGCUGUACUACGAUGUGUACUGGGAUAUUUUCUCAAUAAACAACCAGAGGACCUUCCAUACAUAAAUGUCCCACUGCACACAGUCAUAAAGUUGACAUCUGAUGGCUACCACUACAAAAUGGAAUGUACAAGGUUGCCUGUAGAAUGUGUUGAUACCUACAGGCAACAGCCAAAGAAUUGCUCUCCAGAUCGCACAACGCAAGAUGCUCUCAUUACUGUACCUUCCCAUUAUGAUGCUCUUGACCUGUGGAAACUGAAACAAUCACUUAUUGAGCAGCAUUGAACAGAUCUAGUGUAGCUGACUUUUUAAGUUUCACAUGUGAACACAAUGUUUUGUAAACAUAUGCUGAGUGCAAAAAUGAGGUUUAGAUACUGCUUGUUGAAAUAUGCUGUGUGUGACAUCACAUUGGCAGAUUGAAAGUACAACUUAAUUUUAAUGAGAGACCAACAGACACUGUUGAAGUUUUUUAUAUAUUCUGAAAUUAAAGUUUUUAGAUCUAUGUUCUAUACCUUUUAUGAAUGUAUUUUGUAUAGAGCAUCAAAGUAGUUUUGGACUAAAAUUGUAGAUUAUCAUUCAGAGUAGGAAAGAGUACUUUGUACCAGCCCUUUUUAUGAAAUUUCUACAUCCUUAUUACCCCUGUCAUUCCAGUGGUAAAACAAAUUUUGACAUAACUGAAAUUCAAAUUUAAAAUUCAGUAUUUAUGUUAAGCAGUAUAUGCAUGCGGUAGGUUUUGUCUGUUGUCGAGAUUACUUGCCAAUUUUAUUGUGAAGUUCCUAUUAGAUCAGUGAAUAAAUUGUAUUAUGGAUAAAGAAAAUAUUGCUUCCUUGCAUAUGAUCUGUGAUUCUGGGAAUAAGAACUAGCAGAACAGCAAUGUCACUGGACGUAAUAUACUUGUAAGUGAGCUGUAACAGGAUAAUAUCUGUGCCAAUUGUUUGUUGCAAGUUAGCUCCAUUUUUUUAUAUUGCAUUUUGCAUGUUUUCAUGCAAAACUUCUAGACUUGCAGUAUCCUGUGUUCUGAAGGUUGUUAACACAAUGGUAGCUUUUAUUAAGUACUUAAGAUCUUAUUCGUUUGUUAUAAUAAGAAAGUUUUUAAAGACUACAGGCUUGGCUGCAGUUUGUAUACUGCAUCAGGUGCUGUAUUCAUGCAGUUCAAUGCAAGUUUUAUCAACAAAACCGUUUUUUAUAAAGAAAAUACUCUAGUUAUUGAACUGUGUUACUCUGUUUUAAUGUGACUAAGUAAAUUUGUCCUCCCAUAGUCAUGUAACAAUAAAAGAAGUGCAAGAUCUGACUGAUAAUGUAAGUAAUCCCCAAAUGUGCCUCAUUGUGAACUAUGUGGAAAGCGAACCUGAGUGUUGAGUGAAACAGUGUCGCAAAUUUUUGGGGUAUCGUUUGAAUAUAAAAUGUAGUGAAUACAGAGUUACCUGUGGUAUGACUGUUAUAAGAGGAGCAAGCCCACAGGUGCUAUUUGUUUAUUGUGGUCAAUUAUGUCCGUAGUAUUUAAUUGCCAUUCACAAAUCUUUUUUAUGUGAUUACUGUGAUCUUUUUUAUAUGCAAAUAAUAUUUAAUAAAAAACUAUUCAAAAUUA